AUGCUGACGCAAAAUCGAGGCGGUGGCGAGAGUUCGACAAAUCCCACGGCAGAACAAUUCGGUGGUCUUGCAUUGUAUGAUAUAUUUUGUCGAGGACCGAAAUUGGACAAACAAGAACUGGUUUCAAUAUGCCGAGAUUAUUACGCGGGCGAUACCUGCUAUCUAAAGAUCCUAGAUGAAUUCACGCGGGAUUACAAGCCGUCAUGCGCUUUGUGGUGGUACACGAAAGAACCACUCAUCUACAGCCUGCUAAACAAAGCUUUGCGUGCAUUCGAUAGACAUCUUAUCAGUCUAUUCGCUUUUUUUAUUCGUGACAUGCGGCAAGCGCUCGCCAAACUGCACAGCACCUCGGGCUUGAAAGAGCCUCUUCGCCUUUAUCGGGGCCAGACGAUGCAGCGCGAUGAGAUCACUUAUUUAAGCAAACGGGUCGGUGAGCACGUGACAAUGCGAGCGUUUCUCUCGACCACCGAUCGGAUGGUGGCACUUAUGUUUGCAUCUCAGCCUGGUAAUCAGCCGAAUGCACACUUACUGGAGCCAGUGCUGCUUGAGAUCGAAGCGGAUCCGAGUAUGUCUGUACUCACACCAUUUGCCAACAUUCAGUCGCGAAGUAAUCAUCCGGAUGAAGAAGAAUGGCUCUUUCAUCUAAAUCCCAUAUUUACUCUAACCGAUAUUGAGCGAAACGACGAUUUCACGAAGCCAACCGUUAUUAGACUUACACUGACCCGUAUUCCUGAAUAUCUUCUGACGCCACUCAAUCAAAUUGCGAAAGUGAUGGGAAAGGAGAGUAUCUGUUCGUUUUCAACAGGUCUCGUCGCUCUGACCGACUAUCUGCACGUGACUGAUAGGCAAGUUCAGGAGCGAAAACAUUUUCAAGCUUUGUGUGAAGCAGAAGCAUCUGCUGAAAAGGGUAUGCUUUUUGUCAAACUCGGUAACGAGGCAUUUAACAAUGGUCACUUUGCUUUGGCCAUCGAAUGCUAUAGAGCUGCCAUUCAUUCUCCAGAUUACUCGUUAUCUGACGAAGUGCUGAAAUCAAGCUGGGAGAAAAUUGGCUACGCGCAUGUUCAGCUUGAGCAGAUUGACCCAGCGAUCGAUGCAUAUCGUCGAACACUCGACAUAUGUGCGUUUGACGAGAGCUAUGCCGAGUCAAUAUGGUUAGCAACCUGGUGCCGUCGCUGGCUGGCCAUCCUCUUAACUAGCCAGAAUCAAUGCCACGAGGCAAUUAAACUUAUCCGAGACAAUAUGCAAAUAACUGAGGUCGGGGGAGACAAUACGAAAGAAUUCAAGGACAUCGACUGGCAGCUGUGUCAUCUCGAUAGGUCUGUGUUCUAUUACAGCACCUUCCCCGACGACCAAGAAUGGCUUUUCAUGGUCUACAAUGUACUGGCUGACGCCUACACAACUCUCCACGAGUAUUCAAGAGCACGCAUCAGCUUGCAGCGUGCUCUCGACAUCUGUCGGACAAACAACAUAACGAAGAAAAUUAAGUCAACACAAGCAAAACUGGGCCGCUUUUUCUUUUGGCCCGAUACAGGCUGGGUGCUGCGCUGA